AGUCUAUAGUCACCUGUCACCAACAGACCACACACGAAAGUGAAAGUAGUUCAUGUGGCACGAGAGAGGCCAUACAUACACCUGCAGUCGAGGAUACACUAUCCCGAGAGUGUGCUAGUGCAGGUAACUCAACAAGUACUAUAGUCACCUGUCACCAACAGACCACACACGAAAGUAGUGCAUCGGACACGAUAGGUGUCUCACAUACACUUGCAGCCGAGGCCAAACCCCUCUCAUCUGCAGGAGAUACCCCAAGCACCAAGCACCAGCGGGCCACACACAGAGGCGAUAUUACCGAGUCUGACACGAUAGAGCUUGUACACACACCUGCAGUCAGAGAGACCCACCCACGGGCGUGUGCAGGUACAGCUAUCGCGUCCUUACCACGCCCCACCACCCCCAGCGCGUCAGGAGACACACAUGAGCGUGGAGACAGAGUAGGAACACUGAAGCGGAGAGUGCUUGAUCCUGUAGGUACAUUCUCGUUAGACACUCCACACAAGGCUGUACACCCGCAGAAGCGGCUCAAAACGGUACGCGCAGUCACGUACGUACCUAUUUCACACGCAAGCAGAGCCAAAUACGGGUCUCUAUCACACACUGAUGCAUCGGUUGGCGUACCGAGACCUCGCAUACACUGGACACGAUGGCCAUGGACCCAGCGACACAUAGCAGCACAGGGUGUUACGAGGAGUGGGGCGUUCUGUGUGCGCAACUUGGUCAGGAGAGAGGUCUUCGGACGCAGAGCCUGCCAGACUAGGAGGGUGUUCGGGUUAUUUCAUUCGCCUAAGGUGUGUAGUGUGAGUGUGUGUACUUCAUUCACCUAA